AUGGAUUCUGAUCAGCCUGAUCCGUCUCAUUCAGCAAAAAGGCUUCCUCGCGGCGAGGCUGCUUCUCCCGUUGCUCACGGCAGGCCUGCUGCUUUUCCCGAUGCUCACGGCAAGGCUGCUGCUGCUCUGGGCGAGUUCGAAGACGGUUCUGAAGACGAUCUUUGCGAGUUCUUUGACUGCCAGACGUCACCUAGCAGCAGGAGCAGUUCUGACGACAAGACCACCGAUCCUCCUAUCCCUCCCUCGUUUCCUCCUCUUUCGCCGCCUUACCUCCCUGCUACUCCAUACCCCUACUCCCUUCCACCUCUCCCUCCUGCCCCUCCUCCUGCCUUUCCUCCUCCCAUUCCUCCUCCUCCCUCUCGUCCUGAACUCUCUUCUAGAGCAGGGUCUGCACAAGCUGCAUACGCCAACCUCGCCUCUCUGCGCCAAGAGGUUGCAACAGCUGCUGCAGAGGCAGCAGAAGCAGCAGAAACCGCGUCGGAACUGCAGCGUUUGGCAGCAUCUGCGGCUGGCAGGGCGGCAGCCGCCAAGGCGGAGGCAACAGCCGCUGCUGCAGAGGCUGUUUUUGCUGCGGAAGCUGCUGGGAAAGCGGUGGUUGAGGCGAGAGUUGCUGCAGGGAAGGCAGAGAGAUCAAAGGCUGGAUUUGCUGCGACUUUUGCUGAGAUUUUUGGCAAAGGGGACGAAGUAGAGGGUUCCUGGGAGACUGAAGAACGCACAGAAAUUACAGAGAGUGAAGAAGAGAGUCAGACUGAAGGGCGCGAAGUGCGCCCCCACAACGAAGAAGGGUCACAGGCCAUAGGAGAGCGUACAGGGAUUGCAGGCAGAAGGGAGGUUGAAGAACGGCUGGAGACUGAAGAAGACAAUAAGACUGAAGGGCGACCUCUGGAUUCUACUGUUUCUGGGGGGGGUGUUGCAUCUGACGUGGCACCUGAGGAACCACCUGAGGGACCACCUGAAGAAUCAUCUGAAGAAGCACCUGAGGAAAUAUCCGUGGAGAUGGCCCAGGAUCAGGAGUCCCAGCCAUUGCUUCUUUCUCGUGAGCGUCAGAUUGCGGAGGGAGCGAUGGGUGUGGAAGGAGGAGAGGGGGUUGACGUUGAUGUGCAAGGGGAGCGUGAGGAAAGUGCAAGGGGCAGGUUCUGGGCUUGUUGGUGGGCUCUGCAAAGCUUCUAUGGGGUUGUGGUUGGAGCUGCUGGAAAGGCUCUGGGUUUCGUGGGUCUCGUGCCUCGAGGUGAGCGGGGAGAGGGAGGGAGCGGCAGGGGUGAUACGGAGAUGGAGGAUGUGACAACCGCGCAUAGAGGAGAGGGAGCAGAGAAGAGGGGGGAGAGGGGGAGGAGUGCAGGGAAGGGAGUGGGCACGGGAGCGGGAGUGGAAGAUGAAUCGCAGCAGAGGCAGCAUGGGAGGCACAGAACCGAGGCAGAGAGAGAGCAUGAUUCAAUCAUCAUCAUGUCGUCAGCAGCAACCCUCCCAUCGCCGCCACCUCUCCCUCAUGCCUAUGCCUCCCCCAGUGCUGAGCUCUUCCGCUCAGACCUCCUACCCCGAUACACCAUGCACCCAUCGCAGGCAAAUCUCUUCUCUGACUCUGCUGCGUUUGCAGCCCUACCUCCUCCCGCUCUCGCCAAUUCGCCUGGCACUCACUCACACAUGACUCGUGCGGCUGGUUGCCGAGUGCUGGUGGUGCAUCGGGGGGAUAUCACCAAGUGGUUUGUGGACGGUGCGACCGAUGCCAUUGUGAGUGGUAAAGAGGGUGACUGUAAGGAGGAUGAGUGUAAUGGGGCGUGGUGUUGUAGACAGGUCAAUGCUGCAAACGAGAGGGUUCUUGGCGGUGCGGGAGUGGAUGGAGGUGAGAAGAUAUGA